AUGGAUAUGGAUUACGGCUCUGCCCAGUGGCAGAUGCUUAAUCAGCAAACGGGAGAAUCGAGCCCCUUCACUGGCCCGGCCGGCGCCAUGAAGAAGGAUCUGCCUACAUUAGCCUUCGACCCCAUAAGCCCAACGUCCAAUGCCUUCUUCAUAUCUCCGCAGGCGGAGGGAACACACGGCAUGCAGGCCCCUCUGUUUGGGAAUGUCCCUGACCAUUCGAUCUUCAGUACCCGACACUUUCGAUCAAACAGCAUUUUUGGACUUUCUCCACCCGGUUCUGAAUUUGGCGGUUUCUUUCCACAUCAGUGGCCCCAUGAUGAGAAUGUGGAGGGCAGGGAACUCAUGGCUACGGAAGGGAGUCCGAUGUUUGCACCCCACGAUCUGGAUACAGGCUCCUUUGGUGGCGACGCGGCUGCGUCCGCCGCGGUCACUGCAGCCCAAAAGCUUGUCGAUCAACAUCAUGCGAUCUCCCAGAUACGGGAAGCUCAGCGGAAGACAUCCAUGGUCGACCUGAUUCCUGAAAUCAAUGUGAAAGUGGACAGCUUGGACAAGCUCACAAAAGCCGAGCGCAAGAAGAUUAGGGAGAAUACGCGGAAUCUCAACUGCUUCAACUGGCUGUACCACAAACAAUACGGCUUCCAUCGCCCAGCCACGAUCCGCCAAAAGACAUCAUCCGCAGUCGAGCUGAGCAUCGUCUCUACAGCUAACGGCACUGAUUAUGCGGUUGUCAUGCCAAGUGCAGCGGCUUUGCGGAAAGACGGAGGACAAGCUACGGUCAAGGUUGUGUCCAUUGGCAGCCUCACAAAGGGAAGGAAGCGCAAGCUUUCGGUCCCACAUCAUGUUCGGAGCCCCGCGGACGAAGGUACGACGCAAGUCAAAUCCGAAGACAUCGCCGACACCUCAUGCGAGGGACGCCGUGAAGAUGAAGAAGUUCGUGAAGGAUCGCCUCCCUACGAGCAUGAGGUUGACCUCGGACAGUUUCAAACCCAACUUCAAUCCAUGGGCAAAGGAGAUGUACGGAGGUUACUCGGGUCGAUGGAGAGCCAAAUCGCUGUCCUUCGAGAGUACAUAUCAUCCAAUGAAUAA